AAUACGUGUAUGUAUAGGACCAAAAGCAGUAGCGCUCAUAAGAGUUACAUUUUGUGUUUGUGUGCGUAGCGGUAUCUAUCUAAACAUUGAUUAAAAAUGUUACCGCUUUCCUUGCUGAGAACUGCUCAAAACCAUCCUAUGCUGGUUGAAUUGAAGAAUGGAGAAACAUAUAACGGUCACUUGGUCAGUUGUGACAAUUGGAUGAAUAUCAAUCUCAGAGAAGUCAUUUGCACCUCACGGGAUGGUGAUAAGUUUUGGAGAAUGCCAGAGUGCUAUAUCCGUGGUAGCACAAUUAAAUACCUUCGAAUACCUGACGAAGUCAUAGACAUGGUCAAAGAAGAUGUACAGAUGAAAUCAAGAGGUCGUGGAGAAAUGAAGGGUCGCGGUGGUCAAAAUCAAAGAGGUGGACGUGGUACUGGCAGAGGUGCCUUUGGUGGUCGUGGAGGUGGCAGAGGCCCUGCACCGUUAGGUCGUGGUGGAGGCAAUCAAGGUAACAAACCACAAAAUAAAUCACGACCUAAGUAGGAACAAUGUACAUAUUACCAUUGUACUAUAAUUAAUUUACUUUAAGUGCUCAUUGGAAUAAAAUACUUGCAAAAUA